CUCGAGUCCAUGUCUAUCGCUGGUUGGACAAUGCUGUCGCGCGGGAAAAGGGAAAGCAUCUGCAGACCUUGCCCGAAGUGAAAACGAAAAGCGACUGGACAAAGAAGAUACAUCCCGGAGUGUCGUCGUUUGCCGAUAAACCGGAAGAAGUCGGUCCUGAACAUUUGGCAGAACUCCUCGAACACGCGAAACAGAUCGUCCCCGAUGAUGCCGUGAAGGAUACCCCCAUCUUUCUACUCGCGACUGCAGGAAUGCGACUGCUUCCUGACGUACAGCGCAACCUCCUACUCGAACAGAUCUGCUCCUAUGUCGGCUCGAACUCGGAUUUUCUGCUUCCCGACUGCGGAGUCCAUAUUCAAGUCAUUCCGGGUGUCACCGAGGGCUUGUACGGAUGGGUCGCCACAAACUAUCUGCUGGGAAGUUUCGAUUCCCCAGGCACGCACGAUCACGGCAAGGGACACCAUACGUACGGCUUCCUGGACAUGGGUGGUGCGUCUGCGCAGAUCGCGUUUGCUCCAAAUGCGACUGAAAGCGAGAAGCAUGCGAAUGAUUUGACUCUCUUACGGCUGCGCAAUGUCGAUGGAUCGACCCAGGAACACAGGGUCUUUGUCACCUCGUGGCUCGAAUUCGGCGUCCACGAGGCGCGGAGACGCUAUCUGGAGUCAUUGCAAGCGGCCAGCGCUAUUGGAGACGUCAAGGAGCUUCCUGACCCGUGUCUGCCGUCUGGGUUACGCACCACGAUCGAUGGCAAGCUUCUCGCGGCGGAUGACAUUGACGGAAUGCAUUUGCUGGGAACUGGCAAGUUCGAUGAGUGUCUGCGACAAACAUACCCGUUAUUAGACAAAGACGCGCCUUGCCCCGAUCAACCCUGUCUUCUGCACGGGAUGCAUGUUCCGGCCAUCGACUUCGAUGUCAACCAUUUUGUCGGCAUCAGCGAGUAUUGGCAUACGACUCACGAGGCGUUCGAAAUGGGUCACAAGGACAAAGCCUACGACUUUGCCACUUACCAGGAGCGUGUGCGAUCAUUCUGUUCGCAAGACUGGGUGACCGUGGAAAGCGGUCUCGAAGCCCACCAAUGGGGAAAGAAGUUCGAUCGGGAGUCGGCCUCGGAGAUUUGCUUCAAGGCUUCCUGGAUCAUGAACGUGUUGCAUGAUGGUAUCGGGAUUCCGCGCGUGGGACUAGAGGACAUUGCAGGUUCGGGUCACAACGGAACCAAGGAAGUGCUGUCCCACGGCCAAAGCAAAGGCUACUUGGACUCCUUCCAGGCCGUGAACAAGAUCGACUCUACCGAGGUCAGUUGGACCCUGGGCAAGAUGGUCCUCUAUGCCUCGUCUCAGGUUCCCUUGGAAACAGAAGAAGCACUUCCUGUCGGCUUUGGCAGCAAUGUUGCCGGCGUUCCUAGCGAUUUCCAGUACCCCAGCGUGGAGUUGCUGCCCAGUCCCGAAGGCAUCCAUGGCACAACGUGGCAUGAUGCGCUGCUCGAAGGGAGCUCGUCCCGCAGAGCCCCGGGCUUCGUCUUGUUUCUUCUCAUCGUGAUAUUGGUGGCCUUCUUCCUUUGUGGACGAAGCCGUCGUCUGAAAGUCUACCACAAGAUCAAGAACGUCUUUGGUUGGGGUGGUCCGUCUCAUCCAAAUUACCCCAAGCGGAGGAGGAUGUUUGGUGGCAAGAUCCCGUUCUUUGGUCCUCGAAGCCCUACAUAUGAGCGCGUUCUUGAGGAAGGCGCUCAGGAAUUCGAUCUCGGUGCGAGCGGAUCCAGCCGCAGCUCAUUUGAUGGGGGGCGUCCGUCUGAAGCCGAUGCCGCCAGGUUUACGGCCCCCAAGCGGGCCUCCAGCUGGGGCAGUGGUAAUACAACACCCACCUUCAAAUAUGCAUUGGACAAUUCCUCAUCCGGGACGGUUGGGCUCGGAAUAUCGGCUGGGUCAGGAGCCAACGCGAUGGAUCGACAUGGGCUGGUCGUGAGGACCGAGAGCAGGGAUCAUCUGGCACCUCUGGCAUUGGGACCGACAACCAAUGGACGCCGCUCUCGCGCAGGCAGUCCGUCGAGAUCCCAUCCCAAGUCACCACUUAUGACCCCUCUAGCAGACGACUAAUGCUGCUGUAUGAUUAUGUUUAUGUUGCCAAUGUUGCAUCACUCUGGCGUUUGGUUCUGUUUUAUUCAUGACUUGCAGGAGAGACUGCAAGUCCAGGUCGCUGCUUGAAGCCGGCGUAUGACCGCAUAAUAGUCCUUUGCUUCUUGGUGCCAUAUUAUCAGGGGCGUGCUCCGGAGUACAUAGCUACUCUUCAACUUUUAUUAUACUAGACUAUUGAUGAGAGUCAUAAUCAAUACAAAUAAAGAAAAUAAUUUUAAAGUG